CUACUAUCGAUACUUAUAUUUCUGCAACAAUUUCUGUUCGACGUUGUGUGUUCUUGUUCGCCUUCCAGUCCUCCUCUCUCUCCUCAUAUAUAUACAUGCGCCUUACAGAUGGGAAGUUGGCAUGAAAAUCACCACAUAUGGAAGUCCUCGUGACAAUCUUGGGAAAUAUCUUCCUAUGUCACGUGGCUGACCGUGUAAAAACUUCUUUCCUGAAAAGGAAAUUCAGAUUUUCGGAGGUGUCGCUCGUCCGUUCGUUCCGAGGGCUCAAACUACGCUAACGGGAUCGGCUCCAGGAACAGUCCUUGUGAAAACCAACAUCUCGUCAUUAUUAUUUCCCUCUUCCUCAUCGCUUCUCUCAUCUUCAUUUCUGUUUCCAACACGUUUCGGUCAUUCGUUACUUUGAUAUAUACUUAAUAUGGCAGCCAUGUCGACGCCUGCGCUCGCAUCGGCGAUAUCAGCGGCAGCUACUUCAAUCCUCGCGUUCCUCAGCCAGCGACUCCAAAGCGCGCUGUCCGCUUGCACCGAUUUCAGUGGAAAAGCCGGGAUAUGGAAAGCAAUUGCCAUCUUGCUGGCCCUGGCCAACCUAAAAAUGCUGCCUGGAAUGUGGCAUAUCCGCUUCUUCACCUCCUUCUUCUACCAACUCCACUACCAACCAACCCGCAUCCCUCCAUCGGCCCUCUUCCAACCCAUCAUCACCAGCACCCGAUGCACCGCCCUCGAAACCGACUACAACAUCCACAAAUCAAACAGCACCUACUUCGCCGACAUGGACAUCUCGCGCACCCAUCUCUUCACGGCCAUCAUCCGCCGAGCUAUACAGAAAUCCGCUGGAAAGGGCGGCGCGUUUCCCCGCGCUGCGGGUGCGACGGAGGGAACCAAGGGACCACAUAUCAUUGCUUUGGGAGGGAUCAGCUGUCUGUUCAAGAAGGAAAUCAAGCCCUAUGCAAAGUAUGAGAUGUGGACGCGGUUGUUGUGCUGGGAUAAAAAGUGGUUCUACCUCGUUACACAUCUCGUCAGGCCGGGCGUGGGGAAACCGAAGGAGUGGACGUUGCAGCCUUGGAAGAAGGGCGCGAGGCCGGAUCAGGAAUACGAUGCUGAGAAAUUAAAGGGUGCCAUCUUUGCGACGGCCAUUGCCAAGUAUGUGGUCAAGGAGGGGAGGAGGACGAUCGCGCCAGAGCUGGUGCUGUUGGAUGCCGGUAUGGUUCCUGCGAAACCCGAGGGGUGGGUCUAUAAGGGAGAGGUUGAGGCUACUGCCGAUGGAGACAUUGUAAUACCGGAGAAGGAAGAUGCGGAAAGCUGGAAUUGGGACGUCAUUGAGAGGCAGAGAUUGAAAGGGUUGAGCUUUGCGGAGAAUUUCGUGGCGUUGGAUGGGUUGCAUGAUGUGUUCGAUGGCGGCAAGAAUGGCGCAUUGGGACGGUAUAUUGAUUUGUAGACAUGUACAUAUUCUUUCGUCUUGCUUUUAGACAGGAUCUUUCAGCUCGCAUAGAAAUAUACCCCUAGAGUUCUAUUCGAUAUGUACGCACGAUAUCUUAUAGAGUUGGCC